UUCUCCAUUUCCUCAUCCCAAAAAGUUUCUCUCUCAUAUGAGUCAAUGGCGACCUGGAAAUUUCCUCUUCUCCUUCUUGGGCUCUCUCUCCUCGCCGUCUCUGCCACCGCUCGGCCAUGCAAAACCCUUUUCUUCUUCACCUCCGCCUCCUAUUACCCCAUCCCCGCAGCCCUCUCUUCAAACCCUAAUCCUAAUUUCAAUCUCCAAUACCCUUCCUUUUCUCCCCGAUUCUUAACUUUCUUCUUCACAAUAGCCCCUUUCCCCGACGAUGAAAGCAAAUUGCAAUAUAACAAACCCUCCAUUUCCCUCCUGCGUAACUCAAUUUUCUCUGGGGAAGAAGAUCAGCUUGUUGAAAGAGAAGAAGAAGACGUUUCGAAGCGAUCGUCUUCGAUGAUUCCGGUAGAGUUUUACUCGUCUGUCAAGAGCUCAGUUCGUGACCGGACAAAGGAUAUCAUGGGGGUUAUGGGAGCUAUGCUUUUUGGCGCUGGAUGUGGCGCUUUAACAGCUGCAAUGAUGUACCUGAUUUGGUCUCUGUUCUGGCCCACGACCUUGGAUUUUGAGGAUUCCAGUGAUGAUCAUGCUAGUCCCAAGAAGAUGGGGUAUGUGGUUCUUCCUACUAAGGUUGUGGAUGAUGAUCUGAAGAAGCCGGCUAAGGAUGUGGUUUGAGGGAAACAGUUGAUCCUUCUCUUUAUCUUUAAAUACAUUUGAAUGCAUAUUAUAUUAAUCAAAUGCAUUUAAAUGUGAUGUGAUUACAUUCGUGUUUAUAUUACUUUUGAUGAUUUAAGGGGAAGUUGUAAAUUACCAU